GACAGGGGCGAAAAAAGAAAUAUGCAAGCUCCGGGCUCUUGAUUUGUUUAUUUCCUUUUUUUUUUUCUUUUUUUUUUCCCCUGUUUUCACUACUGGGCACUCUUGAUAUGGGACGGGUUACAAAAAAUAUCUGGGAUGCGGACUGGGAAAAGAACUGAUUGCGCAUAUAGACUUUGCAUUUGGUGUUUGUUAUUUUUUUUUUGGCUUGUACUAUCUUUUUUACACUUGAUUUCUUUUGGGUUGGUUUUUUCUACUCAUGACCAGGUUCCUCGCGGUCCUGGGAACACAGAGAGAGAGCCAAGGAUAUGUCAGCAACGCUUUCCUACUUAUUAUCACACCCUUCUUCCCCUUGUCAGAACAAGGCAAUGGCAUCGACGGAUUAUCACACCACGCUGUUUAUUAUUCCCAAUUAUUUGCUUUCUCAUAGUGUACUCGAGACCUAGGGCACCAAGGCCAGUCGGUCGUCCUCUACUUGGUGGACGAGCUGGGCUGGACUCAGGAAUCGACAAAAGAUACCCCGCGAGUUUAGCCCUCGUUAGACUGAAUGUAUAGUACUACUAGUCUCUUCCUUCAAGAGCCAAGAUAGCUACACAGCGCCAGCGCAUCGAAAAGUAAACCAGGAAAAACAAUUUUGAACAAAAAAAAAACCCGCUUGAU